AUGGACGCCAUCACCACGAUUAUUGACACUGAGGCUGAAAACCCAUACGCUACUUUCCCAAGUGUUCCAAUAACAGCAUCAAUUAAUGGAUUUGCUGAUAGGAUCUAUGACCAAUUACCUGAAUGUGCUAAAGCGUGUAUGUUUGAAAGUACUGGAUCCACUCCAUGUCCUUAUUGGGAUACCGGUUGUUUAUGUGUUAUGCCUCAAUUUGGUGGUGCCAUUGGUCAAUGUGUAGCUGAUAAUUGUCAAGGUGAUGCUAUAGGCAGUGUUGAGUAUUUGGCAACGUCAAUUUGUUCAAGUGCUGGUGUUUGGGAUCCUUAUUGGUUUAUUCCUGAGUCAGUUUCUGAGGCUUUGGCCUCUGCUGCUGCCGUUGUUGUUGAAGCUGAGACAACCACGGCUACUACUGAUGAGGAAACUGUUGCAGCUACAGAUGCUCAAGAGGGAUCUUCAGUUGACUUUGCGGCUACUCAACCAACUGAAACUGAUGCUCCUGAUGAGAGCCAAGUUGGAGAGGAAACUGAGGAAACUGGCGAGAAAGAAGAAGAGUCUAAUGGAAAAGGUGCUGAGACAGGUAAUGGGGAGGAACAAAGUGGUGAAGGAGAACAAAUUGGAGAGGAACAGAGUGGUGAAGAGGGUGAAGAGGGUGAAGAGGAUGAAGAGAAAAACAAUGACCCAAACGAAUCUGCCACUAAAGAAGAAAGUGAAAUCACUGAAACUCCAGAAGAGUGGGAUGGUGCCACGAAUGAAAAUGGUGAACCAAAGACCCAAGAAGAGUAUUCCACUUCAAUCGAUGCCGGAGAUAACAGCGUUGAUGCAGCAGCCGAAGCAGCUUCAAUUGCAUCUGAAUUGGAAAACGAAGCCAUUGCCCAGGGCGCUGCUUUUGGUGGAAUUAUCAUUGUUUUAGCUGCUUUAAUUUAG